GAAUUUGAUUACGUGAAAAUAUGCUUCAUGUUUCAGAAAAUAUAUUACUACCGCUGUCGCAUUUCCGUUGUCUGUCAGUAACGCCGCUGCGAUCCAUAAAUAUUCAAUCUAAACCCUUCUCCGGCGAAGAGACAACUGCUGUACCGCACAACUCCGAUUGAUUUUUUGGAGGAGAAGCGCUUGUUUCUCUUUGCAACGGACCGGAAUUUCGGGUGUGCGUCACAGAGUUGGACUGCAUUUGGACUGAGUUGGUGUCAGAUAUAUAUAUAGAGGGAGAGAGUGUGGUUUUGUUACUGAUCAGGGGUUUUAGGAUAUUGCUGAUUUCGGUUAACCUGAACUGAUGUCGACUCCAAGAGGACCUAGACCGGGGGCUUUCCCUCCCAAUUAUAACCCUGAUACACUUGCUGGUAACCUGCAAAACCUGCGGAUUAAUCAGUCUAAUUGGCAGCAAUCGAAUAAUGCCGGUGUUAGUGGUGCCCCUAGGACUUCUAAUGCCUUACCGUUUGGUCAACAGCCGCCGCCUUUUGCUGCUGGCCAAUCACGACCGCCCCCACCUGGUGUGUUUCAGAGGGUUCCGGCACCUCCUGUGGCUCCAGGACAAAGUACAUUGCGUCCAGAUGUGAUGCCUGCUAGACCGACUGGCCCUACACCAGUAUCUCAGCCUCCUCCUUUUGCUUCAAGACCUCCCCCACCUGGGGUGUUACCAUCUUCCAUUGGAGGAUCUGCUGCUCCCCCUUAUUCUGCAAUUGCUCCACGUCCCGGACUAUCAGGUUCUCCAACUCCACCCCAAAUGAGCUCCAAUGGACCAGCUGGUAUUGGACCACCUGCAUUUGCCCCCAGGAUGAUGCAAAGUGGGUCACGGCCUCCUCCUCCAAUGGGUAAUGCGCCAAGGCUAUCAGUCGGACCAGUACAGUCUCCCACUAUGCUUUCAUCUCAGGCAUCUUCUCAGCCUCUACAAACUCGUCCUGGAUUCGGUAGUCCACCUGCUGUAUCAUCUUCUGUUGGUCAACCAGGUCCUCCGUUUUCAACCUUCCCGCAAGGUCCUAUGUUUUCAGGUUCAUCAAACAUGCCACCUCCUCCAGGUUCUUUGUCAUUUCCACCAGCACAUCAGGGAACAGUUCAAUCAUGGCCGCAGCAACCGCCACAGGUGGGUCCAUCUCAUCCCACCCCUGGUGCUAUGCAGCAACAACAGCGGAUAUUUGGGAUGCCACCUGGCCCACCACCAUUUCCAAAUCAAUCUAUGGCCUUGGGUCAAACAGUGCUAUCACAAGCUGAUCCCAAUCAUAUACCUCGCUAUAGCUCAAGUUCUGCUGUCAUACUGUAUGAGACUCGUACCGAUAAUCGAGCAAACCCUCCUCCGCCCACAACAAGUACUUAUAUAGUCAAAGACAAUGGGAAUUGCAGUCCACGUUACAUGAGAUGUACUUUAAACCAGGUUCCAUGUACUGUAGAUCUCCUAUCCACGUCUGCAAUGCAGUUGGCUUUAUUGGUCCAGCCCUUAGCUCUUCCACAUCCGUCUGAGGAGCCCAUCCAUGUUGUUGAUUUUGGGGAAAGUGGUCCUGUUAGAUGUUCUCGUUGCAAGGGUUACAUCAAUCCUUUUGUGAAGUUUAUCGAUCAAGGGAGACGCUUCAUUUGUAACUUAUGCGGAUUCACAGAUGAAACUCCACGUGAGUAUCACUGCAACAUGGGUUCAGAUGGUCGCCGCACAGACGCUGAUGAAAGGCCCGAACUAUGCAGGGGAACUGUUGAAUUCAUUGCUUCUAAGGAAUACAUGUUGCGAGAUCCAAUGCCUGCAGUGUUUUUCUUCCUUGUUGAUGUAUCAAUGCACGCCAUACACUCUGGCGCUACUGCAGCAGCUUGCAGUGCAAUUAGCCAAGUUAUACCUGAUCUUCCUGAGGGUCCUCGAACCAUGGUGGGCAUUGCUACAUUUGACUCCAGUAUCCACUUUUACAACUUAAAACGUGCAAUGCAGCAGCCAUUGAUGCUCAUAGUUCCUGAUGUACAAGAUGUCUAUACUCCUCUUGAAAGUGAUGUUGUUGUUCAACUUUCCGAGUGCCGUCAACAUUUGGAGAUAUUGCUGGAUUGCAUACCUAGAAUGUUUGAGAAUAAUAGAACUACUGAUUCAGCAUUUGGGGCUGCAGCGAAGGCUGCUUUCCUGGCAAUGAAAAAUACUGGAGGCAAACUUCUUGUUUUCCAAUCAAUUUUGCCAUCAACUGGUAUGGGAUCCCUUUCUGCAAGAGAAGCUGAAGGCAGAAGUAAUAUGUCAGAUGGAGAAAAGGAACCUCACAAGUUACUCCAGCCAGUGGACAAAACUCUCAAAACCAUGGCCAUUGAAUUUGCAGAAUACCAGGUCUGUGUUGACUUGUUCAUCACAACUCAAACAUAUGUGGAUAUUGCUUCUCUCUCUGUUGUUCCAAGAACUACAGGAGGCCAGGUGUACUACUAUUAUCCUUUCUCGGCUCUUUCUGACCUUGCUAAGCUUUCUAAUGAUCUUCGGUGGAAUGUCACAAGGCCCCAAGGAUUUGAAGCAGUGAUGCGUGUGAGAUGCAGCCAGGGUAUUCAAGUUCAAGAAUAUUCUGGAAAUUUCUGCAAGCGCAUCCCAACUGAUGUGGAUCUACCUGCUAUCGACUGUGACAAAACUAUUAUGGUGUCCCUAAAACACGAUGACAAAUUGCAGGAAGAAUCAGAGUGUGCUUUUCAGUGUGCUCUUCUUUACACCACUGUAUAUGGCCAAAGAAGAAUUCGAGUUUCAACUUUGUCUCUGCCAUGCACCAACAUGCUGACUAGUCUGUUCAUAGCUGCCGACUUGGAUACCCAAUUUUCUUGUAUCUUGAAACAUGCGGCCGAUGAAAUGCCUUCAGCUCCUCUUGCUCAAGUUAGAGAUAAAGCCACAAAUGUUUGUAUCAACAUUUUGCAUUCCUACAGCAAGUUUUGCGCCACCAGAUCAUCAUCUGGACUACUUAUGAUGCCUGAAGCACUUAAAUUUCUGCCUCUUUAUACCCUCGCUUUACUCAAAAGCAAUGGAUUGCGCUCUGAUGGAAGAAUUGAUGAUAGAUCAUUUUGGUUGAAUUAUGUUUCACCUCUACCUACUCCCUUUGUAAUUCCAUUGGUUUACCCUAGGAUGAUAGCCAUUCAUGACCUUGAAGCAAAGGAAUUGGAGGAUUCCAUUAUUCCUGCUAUUAUUCCACUCUCCGUCAAAUAUAUAUCUGAUGAAGGAAUAUAUCUUCUUGAGAAUGGGGUCGACUGUUUAAUAUAUAUUGGUACAUCUGUUGAGCAAAAUGUUUUGACACAGAUUUUCGGUAUAUCAUCAGUUGAAGAAAUCUCAAACCAGUUUAUACUUGAGCAAUAUGAUAAUCAGUUGUCAAAGAAGCUGAAUGCUAUUCUAAAUGAAAUUAGGCGCGAAAGAUGUUCCUACCUUCGCUUGAAAUUUUGCAAAAAUGGAGAUUCAUCAGGGACGAUGUUUUUGUCGAAUAUGGUGGAAGAUCAUAUGCCAAGCGGGGCAGCAUACACCGACUUUGUAGCAUAUAUUCAUAACCAAAUCCAAAAGAAAAUGACUUGAAAGGUAUACUUACAGCCAUACAGGAUCGAGUUUACAAGUUUUGAUAACUCUCACGAAUAGAAGCUGACGAAUUAUGGAAUUCCAUUGUAAAGUCCUUUUUUGUGGGAAAAGGAAAAAAAUUGUUGAAUUUUAAUUUUCCUGGAGUGGGAGACAGUUCUGCGAGGAAGAAGAAAGAGUUGUUUUUCAAUAUAGAGUAGAAUGAAAUUACAAAGAUGAGUAUUAUUUGUUUUUCUUUGCAUCGUCUGCUUUUUCAUUGUAUAGAGAAUGGGUUUUUGUUGUAGCUGUUGUUUGUGUGUCCAAAGCGAUGCUCCCACUCGAACUAUAUUUAUUUUUUAAUAUAUCAUCAUUAAUAUGUCCA